AUGUCCCAUACAAGAGAAUAUAGUUUUGCAGUCGUAACAAAAGACGACUAUUUGAGAAUGCAGCAACAAAGUCGAAAACGUAACAACAAUAAUAUUGAAGCUUUGCAAGCCACUGGGUAUAAUGUCUUUUCUGUUGGGACUUCUCACAACUCUAGCUCUGAAAUGUUGACUUCCACUGACACCGAAUAUUGCACAACAAUUUCAAGCGAUUCAUUUGAUUUUUUUUCCUUUAACGAUUUGAAAGAUUAUAUUCAUCGAUUAGGAUGUUAUAUUCAGCGGUUAGAAGAAAAAGAAAGAGAACGUGAUCAAAAAGAUAAUGAGCGUGAUCGAAAAUUGGAAGUUGCAUUGAAACGCGUUCAGGAAUUAGAAGAAAACUAUAAAAAUUAUGGAACUAAUAGUCUUCGGCAGUUCUUAAGUGCAUUAAUAAAUGG